GAAAAAAGAGUCUUUGCCUGGCUCAAGAACACAAACUAUGCUCAAACACAUACCAGAUUAACACUACACGGCAAAAAAGUGUGACCUAACAACCAUAAUGACAAACAUUUGUAAAUGAUUGAAAGUGACAGUAAAAACUCAAGCUUCAUGGAAGAUCUAUUGAUUGCUGGGUUGAAAUAUUUAAAGUAUCAAAAAACAAGAUUCAAAAGCAAAGGAUUUAGAGUGAAAGAAAGAAUACAGAGAGGGGGAAAAGACAUUGCAGUGUUUGGCUGCUCUGUUAUGCAGAAUGAGAAUUCCAGUAAAUGUCCUCCCAAUCGGACUGAACCAAAAUCCACCCACCCUACCAAAUAUCCAGCUUUUCCAAAACAACCACGCGUGAGGUUAGAGGUUGAGAAAUCCAGUCCAAAUUAAAUUACAGCCAGUCAAACCCUCCAGACAGGACUGAUUUUGUUGCUUCUGCCACUAAAGAGACAGACAUGGUGGGGAAGCUGAUGAUAUUGGUGCUGGUUUUGGUGCUACAAGAAUUUGUGCCAGUGUUGGCUGACCAGGAUGACGAAGCUCCCAUGGAGUCGAAGGUCUGGUGGGUGGUGGAACGGGCAGGUGAAGCAUACCAACAUGUCCGGGAAGCAUUCGAGGAGGUCAUGGACUCCAUCAAGACCUCUGACCAGUGGAGGACGGCCAGUGAUGCCGUGGGUGCUCUGACUGACACCAGGGAAACGCUGGCUAAAGUCAGGGGACAUGUGAAGGGCUACGCUGAGGCGUACUACAGCGAUCACAUCAAACCCGUCACUGACCCCUAUGUCAAGUGGGCCUCUGAGACCACGGCCUCCGUCUGGGACAGCGUCAGCGGUCGCUGGAACCGAUUCUGGUCCGUGUAGCGGACCUUCUUGACACAGCAGCGGGUCUGGAAGCACCACCGUAACGCAGAGGAAGAAGCACGCCGGUACCCCCCAUGCUCAAAGCGGCCUGUGAGUUUCGAGGGAGGCUUGAGAUGGGCGUGGAAAAAACGGUGGAAGUGAAGAUGAAUUACCACUGAAUACAAAGCAGCCAUGAAAUCACUAACCCUCAUGCACUGACUCUAACAUGGUAUAAAGACACAAAGUUGGGCAUGCUUUACCGUGGGCCCACACAUGCAGUUGUGUUACCGGACCACCUUAAUAAAACCAGUCGCUAAGCC